AUGUCUCGUGUUAGUUCAAAUUCAAUUUCAUGUGCGUCAUCAUCGAAUGAUGCUGAUGGUGGUGGUGGUGGUGGUGAUGAAGAAAAGCAACAGAGUAAUGAGAAGGAACAUACACCUCAACUUAAUCCAACUACAACUAUUCAAUCAGUACAACCUACAGCAAUUUCAUGUAUUACAAAGAUCAAUAAUCGUCUAGCACUUUUGUCUGCUUAUCCAUCAUUUGAUCAAGCAUCGGAUACAGAUCGAUAUCAUCAUCUUCUCUUCCCUAAUACUCCUCGUCAACUUUUAACGCCUGAACAAAAUUAUCUUUAUGAAAAUUGUGAUCAUUUUCCAUCAUCAUUUCAAUUCAUCGAUGAAAGUAUUAACAGUAAUUUUACUUCAUUCUUUGUUAAAUUAUAUAGAGAUUUGUUCGUUGAUCUAUCUCGUCGUUUACAUAUUAAUAAUGCUAUUAUUGAUUAUAACUAUCAACGUUUACGAAAAUGUUUUGAUUUAAUGACUCAUGAACGUAUUGGUUAUGGAUUACAAAAGAAUACAUUAUCUGAUGGUGAUAUACUGCCUAUUCAUGAAUAUGCUGUUGCAUUGGAAUUUUUUCUACAAAUUGAUCGAAGUAUAUUCUUCAUGAAAACUUGUUCAUUUCGUGGUUCUGGGAUACAUUUAUCACCUCAUUUUCAUGGUAUAUUUUCUCUUACAGAACCAUAUGGAAAUUAUGGUAUGACAGCAUGUCAAAAAUUAAAUUGUCAUUUCUGUUCUCCACCUUCCGAUGUAUCGAAUCGAAUUCAAAAAUAUCAAUCUCCAGUUAAAUUCUCUUCUAUACAAGAGCAUCAAUUUCUUAGUGGUUAUCGUAGUAUUUUAAAUUGUCCUGCGGUAAGUUUACAAUUAUUUAAGAAUAACAUAUAAAUAAUUCUUUUCCAAUAAUAAUAGACAUGU